GCUAAAUUACAUUGCUCUUGUCUCUUUUCCUGCAAGUUCAUCAGUUAUGGAAACAGGAAACCAAACAAGUGUUUCAGAAUUUAUCCUCCUGGGACUUUCAGAAGAGGCAGAAUUUCAGCCCCUCCUUUUUGGGAUUUUCCUAUUCAUGUACCUGGUUAUGUUCAUUGGGAAUCUUCUCAUUAUCCUGGCCAUUAUCAGUGACUCCCACCUUCAUACACCCAUGUACUUCUUCCUUUCCAAUCUCUCUUUUGCAGACAUCUGUUUCACCUCCACUACUGUGCCAAAAAUGCUGCUGAAUAUCAAGAUGCAAAGCAAAGUCAUAACCUAUGAAGGCUGCCUCAGCCAGAUGUAUUUUUACAUGGUUUUUGGACAAUUAGACAACUUUCUCUUGACAAUGAUGGCCUAUGACCGAUUUGUGGCCAUCUGUCACCCACUGCUCUACAUGGUCAUUAUGAACUCCAAGUUCUGUGGGUUUUUGCUUUUGGUAUCCUGGCUAUUGAGUAUUCUAGACUCUCUAAUUCAUGACUUACUAAUUUUACAAUUGUCCUUUUGUGAAGAGUUAAAAAUUCCCCACUUUUUCUGUGAACUUAAUCAGGUAAUCCAACUUGCUUGUUCUAACAUCUUUCUCAAUGAACUAGUAUUGUAUUUUGCAAAUGGACUUCUGGGUGUUAUUCCACUCAUUGGUAUCAUUUUAUCUUACUCCAAGAUUGUAUCCUCCAUUUUGAAAAUUUCAUCUGCUAGGGGCAAAUAUAAAGCCUUUUCCACCUGUGGGUCCCACCUCUCAGUAGUUUUCUUCUUCUAUGGUACAUUUCUUGGGGUGUAUUUUAGUUCUGCUGCUAUGCAAAAUUCCAGGAAAACUGCAAUAGCCUCAGUGAUGUACACUGUGGUCACACCCAUGCUGAACCCAUUUAUCUACAGUCUUAGAAACAAAGACAUAAAGCAGGCCCUAAAAAAACUCUUCAGAGCAGCCAUCUAA